AAGCGCCUUUUUAUUCGGUGCGUUUGCUGUCAGUCUCCGCAAACUGAGGGAUCAUUCAAGGAAGGUGAGGAAAGUGCAUACCGUCAUGAAGUUGGGAAUUCCGAGCUCUCUUGUCAUCAUUGUGGUGAUAGCUUCAACGAAUUGCCAAUUUCCCGACUUACAUGUUCAAUGGCCAAGGAGGGGAAAUUUUACAAUAAAGCAUGGCUGCCCCCCGAGUCCCAGAACAGAAGCGCUGUCGAAGAAGUACCCAGACUGCAUAUAUUACUGCAAACAAAAUGGUGACUGGAAAUAUGGAGUUUAUAAUCCCGGGACUAAUUGCAGUUAUGGCCCCGACAAACGUCCAGGUUCCUGUUUCUUUGGAUUGUGCUACCUGAUUACCGAGACAGUCACCGACGUCACAUCCUCAGAGGGUACACAAAGAUCGACGGUAGAAAGUGGAACCACUCCCACACCUCCAGUAGAAACCGAAACCAACCUCUCACCUCCAGUAGGAAAUGAAACUGCUGCCACAGCCUAAGUAGGAGAUAAAUCCACACCCCCACUUCCAUUGGAAAAUGAAGCCACACCGACACCUGCUGUCUGAAAUAUAACUACUGCCAACUCACGAGUGAAAAAUAAAACCAACUGAAGUUACUCCAAAAAA